GUGGUCCCCUGGCCGGCCGGGCUUGGUAGGGCAAUUCCAGAAAAGGUUUGCAGGGCAGGUCUAGGAGAACAAAGGGCGGGGGGAGGACCCGGCAUAUUUGUGGACUUGUUUGUGACUCAAUCCCUCUUGCACGGCGUUUCAAAGGCAGAACUGCAAGCCUUGCCAGGAAGAGAAAGAACUUGGGGGCGGGGAGGCUCGGGUGCAUUUCUGUCCCGUCGCGCUCGCUCUGCGCUGCCCCCAGCUCCAUGCAGUACUGUUUCAUUAGAGCCCUGGACCCCGGCUCACCAGCAACUUCCCCCCCAGCCGGCAAGAUUUACAACCCCUCCUCCCCCGGCUCUUCGCCUCGCAAUGUCAGGCAGGAGCGCCGCAGCAUAAAAUGGAUCCCGGCCGGCGUGGCGGCGGCAGCCAGGCGGCUGGCUCCCCGGCGGGGCCGCUGUUGGUGAGUCUCCGCGCUGCGCCCCGGCGCACACGCGCUCCCUGACCACGGACGGCAGCCGGGCCACGCCGCGCCCCUCUCUGCCCUCGCGCAACUGUCAGGCAAAACGAGCCGGCGGAUAUUGGCUCCUGGACGCGCCGAGGCUCCUCCCCAUCUGGAUCUUUAUAUUUUGGGAGAAUUUCUUUGAACUCAGUUACCAAGCUCCGCGAAGGAGACAAGUUCCCAUAGCCUGCUCGCCCGCGAAGACGAGACGGGGGCUCGCCCAUCUCCUGUGCAGCUGCUGUGUGCCCCGAUUGUGCUCUUCUUUUUCGUCGUGGAGGAAAAGGACUCACUAGGCUAAGGAAAUGCCAGUUAUCUGGAUGUGACCGUGAAAAGACAACGUGUGAGACCGGAGGAGGCAGAAGAGGAGGAAGAGCAUUAUUUGAAGAGAAGAAUAAACCAGGCACUCCAACCCUUCUGCAAAUUAGUGUUGUUACUUCUUGGGUCCAUCUGCUUUUAUCCCUCCCCGCCCCCAAGAAAUCUUGACUCGAGGGCCAAGAGACAGACCGCGACGACUGGGCACCCUUCUGGGUUGGAGGACCUUUUGGAUGUAGCGUUGGUGGAACAUUUAGACCCUCGCUUCUGGAAAAGCCACCAUGAAUUCGGUAGCUGGGAAUAAAGAGAGGCUUGCAGUCUCCACCAGGGGCAAGAAAUACGGGGUGAAUGAAGUCGGCUCGCCCACCAAGCCCGCGGCGCCCUUUUCCCCCGAGAGCUGGUACCGGAAAGCCUACGAGGAGUCGCGCGCCGGGAGCCGGCCCACCCCCGAGGGCGCGGGCUCGGCGCUCGGCUCGUCCGGGACCCCGUCCCCCGGCUCGGGCACCUCGUCCCCGAGCUCCUUCACGGGCUCCCCGGGCCCCGCCUCCCCGGGCAUUGGCACCAGCUCUCCCGGCUCCCUGGGCGGCUCGCCGGGUUUCGGCACCGGCUCCCCGGGCUCGGGCAGCGGCGGCGGCUCCUCCCCCGGCUCGGACCGCGGCGUCUGGUGCGAGAAUUGCAACGCCCGCCUGGUGGAGCUGAAGAGGCAGGCUCUGAAGCUGCUCCUCCCCGGGCCCUUCCCGGGCAAGGACCCUGCUUUCUCAGCUGUGAUUCACGACAAGCUCCAGGUCCCCAACACCAUCCGGAAGGCUUGGAAUGACAGAGACAACCGCUGUGACAUCUGUGCCACACACCUGAACCAGCUGAAGCAGGAGGCCAUCCAGAUGGUGCUGACUCUGGAGCAGGCGGCUGGCAGCGAGCGCUUCGACGGCUCCCCUGGCUCGCCCCCACCGCUCUCCAGCCUCCCUGCUCUGGUGGGGUCCCGGCACGUGGGGGCGCUCCAGCAGCCCAGGGAUUGGGCUUUUGUGCCCGCCUCCUAUGCCUCCUCCAACUACACAGCCUUCGUCACCAAUAAGCACGGUGGCAAACCCAACAGCCUCGGGGUCAGCAAUGGCGCGGAGAAGAAGGGUGGCUCCCCCACCCACCAGGCCAAGGUCAGUCUCCAGAUGGCCACCAGCCCCAGCAACGGGAACAUCCUCAACUCGGUGGCCAUCCAGGCCCACCAGUACCUGGACGGCACCUGGUCCCUGUCGAGAACCAACGGGGUCACCCUGUACCCCUACCAGAUCUCCCAGCUGAUGACAGAGCCUGGCCGGGAGGGCCUGACAGAGGCGGUGCUGAAUCGCUACAAUGCGGACAAGCCUUCAGCCUGCGGUGUCCCCGCCUCGCAGGGCUCCGGCGUGGCCAGCGAGACCUCCGCGGGCACCUCCGUGGCCGCGUCCUUCUUUGCAAGAGCUGCCCAGAAGUUAAAUCUAUCCUCGAAAAAGAAGAAACACCGACCUUCCACUGCUUCUGUCACCGAGCCACCGCUCUUCGCCACCAGCUUCAGCGGGAUUCUGCAGACGUCCCCUCCCCCGGCCCCACCCUGCCUGUUGAGGGCUGUCAACAAGGUGAAGGACACCCCAGGCCUGGGCAAGGUGAAAGUCAUGCUUCGCAUCUGUUCCCCGCUGGCUCGAGAUACUUCAGAAUCCAGCUCUUUCUUGAAGGUGGACCCACGGAAGAAGCAAAUCACCUUGUACGACCCCCUGACAUGUGGGGGGCUUAAUGCCUUCCCAAAGCGAGGGAACCAAGUUCCUCCUAAGAUGUUUGCCUUUGAUGCGGUUUUUCCCCAAGAUGCUUCUCAGGCUGAAGUGUGUGCUGGAACCGUGGCAGAGGUGAUCCAGUCUGUGGUCAACGGGGCAGACGGCUGCGUGUUCUGUUUCGGCCACGCCAAGCUGGGAAAAUCCUACACCAUGAUUGGAAAGGACGAUUCCAUGCAGAACCUCGGCAUUAUCCCCUGUGCCAUCUCCUGGCUCUUUAAGCUGAUAAACGAACGGAAAGAAAAGACUGGAGCCCGUUUCUCCGUGCGGAUCUCAGCCGUGGAGGUGUGGGGCAAGGAAGAGAACCUCCGGGACCUGCUGUCGGAGGUGGCCACGGGCAGCCUGCAGGACGGCCAGUCCCCCGGCGUGUACCUGUGCGAGGACCCCAUCUGUGGCACACAGCUGCAGAACCAGAGCGAGCUGCGGGCACCCACCGCAGAGAAGGCGGCCUUCUUCCUGGACGCUGCCAUCGCCUCCCGGAGGGGCAACCAGCAGGACUGCGACGAGGACGACCUCCGCAACUCCCACAUGCUCUUCACGCUGCACAUCUACCAGUACCGCAUGGAGAAGAGCGGCAAGGGGGGAAUGUCUGGAGGCCGCAGCCGCCUGCACCUCAUUGAUCUGGGCAGCUGUGUGAAAGCUCUUAGCAAAAAUCGGGAAGGAGGCUCAGGACUGUGCCUCUCACUGUCCGCCCUGGGCAAUGUCAUCCUGGCUCUCGUCAACGGCAGCAAACACAUCCCAUACAAAGAAAGCAAGCUCACCAUGCUGCUGCGGGAGUCCCUGGGGAAUGUGAACUGCCGCACCACCAUGAUCGCGCACAUCUCGGCCGCCGCCGGGAGCUACGCGGAAACCCUGUCCACCAUCCAGAUCGCCUCCAGAGUCCUGCGGAUGAAGAAGAAGAAAACGAAGUACACCUCCAGCUCCUCCGGGGGAGAGAGCUCAUGUGAGGAAGGCAGAAUGCGCAGGCCCACCCAGCUGAGACCGUUCCACGCCAGGGCCGCCGUGGAGUCCGACUUCGCUAUGCCUCACCUGUCCAGCGACCCCGACUACUCCUCCAGCAGCGAGCAGUCCUGCGACACAGUCAUCUACAUCGGGCCCAACGGCACGGCCCUCUCCGACAAGGAGCUCACCGACAACGAGGGGCCCCCAGACUUUGUCCCGAUCGUGCCGGCCCUGCAGAAAGCCAGGGGCGACAGCCGGUCCGCGGAGGCCGGAGAGGCUGCAGCUGGCAAAUCAGAGAGGGACUGCCUCAAGUGCAACACGUUCGCCGAGCUGCAGGAGAGGCUUGACUGCAUCGAUGGCAGCGAGGAGCCCAGCAAGUUCCCUUUCGAAGAGCUGCCGGCCCAGCUGGGGGCUGAGCAGGCAAGCAAGAGUCUCCCGUUAAGCCAGGCAGCCGGGGCCGGCCCCCUCUGCGAGUCCGAUCAGGAAGAUGAUGGGUCAGAUGGGCAGCUGACCCACAGAGAGGGCGCUGAGCCCCCCGCCUCUAGGGUGCAGAGGAAGCCCUCCCCUGUCCCUGCCGCUCAGCUCAGCCACAGCCCUACCCCAGCCUCACCCAGGAGCAUCCCGGGCAGCAGCAGCAGCAGCAGCAGCCAGCACGGCUCCUCCCAGCUCGUGCAGAGCUCCAGCCUCCAGAGCAGCCGAGAGAGCCUGAACUCCUGCGGCUUCGUGGAAGGCAAGCCCCGCCCGAUGGGCUCCCCCAGGCUGGGCAUCGCCAGCCUCUCCAAGACCUCAGAGUACAAGCCAGCCAGCUCUCCUUCCCAGAGAUGCAAAGUCUACACCCAGAAGGGAGUCCUGCCUUCACCGGCCCCCCUGCCCACCCUGAGCAAGGAUUCGGGCAUGGUAUCUAGUGAGUCCCUGCUGCAGCCCGAGCUACGUACCCCCCCAGUCGGAAUGAGUCCCCAGGUGCUGAAGAAAUCCAUGUCUGCUGGGAGCGAGGGGUUCCUGGAAAUCCCUGUGGAUGACGACCAGCAGGCGGCCACGUCUCCAGAUUCCAAGGAGAUCCUGAGCACCACGAUGGUGACAGUGCAACAGCCCCUGGAGCUGAACGGUGAGGACGAGCUGGUGUUCACGCUGGUGGAGGAGCUGACCAUCAGUGGCGUCCUGGACAGCGGCCGCCCCACCAGCAUCAUCAGCUUCAACAGCGACUGCUCUGUGCAGGCCUUGGCCUCGGGCUCCCGGCCCGUCAGCAUCAUCGGCAGCGUCAGCGAGGACCUGGAGUGCUACUCAAAUGUGGCACCUGUCUCCGAGGUCAGCAUCACCCAGUUCUUGCCCCUCCCGAAGCUGAGCCUGGAGGAGAAAGCCCGGGAGGCAGGGAGCAGGCGUUCCUCCAUCAGCUCCUGGCUGAGUGAGAUGAGCACGGGCAGUGACGGCGAGCCGCCGUGCCACGGUUUCAUAGCCCAGACGUGUUUCGGGCACGGGGAGGCAAUGGCAGAUCCUCCGGCCUCGGAAUUCGUCCAGAACACCGCCGUGGUGUGCCAGGAGAAGCCCAAGGCGGGCCCUGACAAUUUGCUCAUCUUGUCUGAAAUGGGGGAGGACGCUUUCAACAAAGCCCCUCCCAUCAAAGGCUGCAAGAUCUCCACGCUGGGCAAGGCCAUGGUCACCAUCUCCAACAGGGCCAGUCUGAGCGGCUGCGAAGGGUACAUCCCCAUGAAGACCAACAUCACUGUUUAUCCCUGCAUCGCCAUGAGCCCCCGGAACGUCCAAGAGCCUGAGGCGUCCGCUGCCACCGUUGGCUCAGUCCCCAAAGCGGCCCAGUCGCAGGAGAGCAAGGAAAGUGGUGCCAAGAAAGAGAUGAAAUUUGAGGACCCCUGGCUGAAACGAGAAGAGGAGGUGAAGAAAGAGAAUGCUUAUCCCAGCGAAGAAGGAAUCAGGUGUGAGACGGUCCCAGGCCGCCCAAAGCCUGAGGCCAGAGCAGAACAGGACAGGAAGGCCAGCCCAGGUGACAGGCUGAGCAGCAGCAGUGGGGAGGUAUCUGCCUCCCCCGUGGCUGACAACUUCAGGAGGGUCGUGGAUGGCUGUGAGAUGGCCCUGCCCACUGUGGCUGCCCAGAGCCCUGGGCAUCUCAACAAAAUCCUGAAGUCAAGCAGCCUUCCCAGGGCUUUUCAGAAAGGCAGCCGGCAGGACGAGCUGGACAGCCUCUUCUACCACUGCGCCGCUGAGACCAACGGCAUCGGCUCGGCUUCCGGCACCCAGCCCUCCAAGGCCACCCUGGAAAGGAAGGUGGCAUCACCCAAGCACUGUGUCCUGGCUCGGCCCAAAGGGACACCCCCACUGCCCCCUGUCCGAAAGUCCAGCUUGGACCAGAAGAACCGGGCCAGCCCCCAGCACAGCGCGGGCAGCAGCAGCUCCAGCAGCCCCUUGAACCAACCAGCGCCCUUCCUGGCCGUCUUGCCCGACGAGCCCAGCAGCGGCAAGAUGAAGGAUGCCAGCAGCAGCAAGCUCUUCAGUGCCAAACUGGAGCAGCUGGCCAGCAGGACCAACUCCCUGGGCAGGACGACCGUCAGCCACUACGAAUGCCUUUCGCUGGAGAGGGCCGAGAGCCUGUCCUCCAUGAGCUCCCGGCUGCACGCAGGCAAGGACAGCACCAUGCCCCGCACCGGGAGGAGCCCGGGCCGCAGCGCCGGGGCCUCGCCCACCAACCCGGGCCCCACGCAGUCGGCCGGGGCCUCGCCCAAGGCCAGCCAAUCCAAGAUCUCCGCCGUGAGCAAGCUGCUCCUGGCCAGCCCCAAGGCGCGCAGCCUGUCCACCACCACCACCAAGACCCUGAGCUUCUCCACCAAGUCCCUGCCGCAGGCGGUGGGCCAGAGCUCCGGCCCGGCCCCCGGCGGGAAGCACAUGUCCUGGUCCACCCAGUCGCUGAGCCGGAGCCGGGGCUCGGGCCUGGCGUCCAAGCUGCCGCUGCGGGCGGUGAACGGGCGCAUCUCGGAGCUGCUGCAGGGCGGCGCGGGCCCGCGGGGGCUGGCCGGGCGCGCGGGGCCUGAGACGGAGGAGCGCGCGGUCCCCGCCGACGAGCGCCCGCCGCCCGCCGCCCCGCUGCCCUCGCCCUACAGCAAGGUCACGCCGCCGCGCCGGCCGCACCGCUGCAGCAGCGGCCACGGCAGCGACAACAGCAGCGUGCUGAGCGGGGAGCUGCCACCCGCCAUGGGCAAGACGGCGCUCUUCUACCACAGCGGCGGCAGCAGCGGCUACGAGAGCAUGAUGCGCGACAGCGAGGCCACCGGCAGCGCGUCGUCUGCCCAGGACUCCAUGAGCGAGAACAGCAGCUCGGUGGGCGGCCGCUGCCGCAGCCUCAAGGCCCCGAAGAAGCGCACCAACUCAGGUUCCCAGAGACGGAGGCUCAUCCCGGCGCUGUCCCUUGACACCCCCUCCCCCGUGAGAAAACCCGCCAACAGCGCGGGGGUCCGCUGGGUGGACGGCCCCCUGCGCAGCACCCAGAGGGGCCUCGGGGAACCUUUCGAGAUUAAAGUCUACGAAAUCGACGACGUAGAACGGCUGCAGCGGCGACGCGGGGGCAAGGAGAUCAUGUGCUUCAAUGCAAAACUGAAAAUUCUGGAGCAUCGCCAGCAGAGGAUCGCCGAGGUCCGAGCCAAGUACGAGUGGCUGAUGAAGGAGCUGGAGACGACGAAGCAGUAUUUGAUGCUGGAUCCCAACAAGUGGCUCAGUGAAUUUGACUUGGAGCAGGUUCUGGAGCUGGAUUCCCUGGAGUACCUGGAAGCGCUGGAGUGCGUGACGGAGCGCCUGGAGAGCCGCGUCAACUUCUGCAAGGCGCACCUGAUGAUGAUCACCUGCUUUGACGUCACCUCCAGGCGCCGCUGAAGGGAGCCCCGCCCGCCGGCCCCGCUCCCCAUCCUCAGCCGGCCACCCUGGGCGGGCCCUUGUGCCGGCGGCGCUCGGAGACCACGGAAUGAGGACGAAGGUCGGUGGCAAGUCGGGAGCGAGCGUGGAGCGGAAGGCGAGUUUUCUUUUGAUUUCUGUAGGAAAGGUGCAAACACCACACACGCAGGGGAGGAGGAAACGAUGGGAAGCCCCAGGGACCAGAGAGCCCCGCGAGACUGAAAACGCACUUUGAGGAACUUUAAAGAACUUGUUUGUACAUAAGAACUGCUGGCAAAAGGGACCUCACUUUUCUCCUGGUUCGUGAGAAAGGGCGAGGGGGGACGCGGGAUCGCCGUGGAAAAAGCUCAAACAAAACAACGUUACCCCAAUGACUGAUUAAGUGCCUUGCAAAUCUUUAUGAUUAUCCAAACAUUUAUGUUCCUACUUUCUUGUGUACAGAUGGUGCUAGUCGAGAUGAAAACAACAACAGAACAACAACAAAACACAUUUUUGCAAUGUAUUUACAGCUCGUUUUCUCUUGGUGUUUUAUCCUAUUUCUGACUUGCUGUUUCUAAGGAAGUUGUGUUUGUAGAGCUAUUUCCUAAUCAGUAUUGCAUAUGAAUAAAUGUUAACUGUCUGUCAUGAUUCUGCUGGGAAGGCCACUCAGAUUGAAGCUAGAGACUUCCCGGAACAAGCCAGGAUGUUUCCAAAGAAGGUUGGAACAGGAGGUGACCGCUCAUCCCACCUCCUGGGAGAGGCAGGGUCAGCAGGCAGACCUGGAGGUCAGUUACAGCACAGGUGUAUGUGAGCCUGAGAGAAAAGAGAGAAGAGGGUGCGUCUCUAGGGGGAAAGGAGCCUCUAUGACCUGGGCCCAACUUACCCUUUGGAUGGGAUAUUUUUUUUUUCCCCCAAUAGCUUUUCCUCCAAAUCCUGACGCCCACAGCCUGAUUCCUUUACACACAAAUCCAGGGUUUCCAUGACCCUCACAACAUUUUUCAUGUUCAUUUUUAUUCCAAAGGCUCUGGAUGGAAAGCUUGGACUAGUUCAACCGAACUACAGUUUGGCAACAGUUCUCUAGUUUGGCAAAUUUAUUGGGGCAGAGGAUUUUUCCCAAUUUAGAUAGCUUCUUGGGCCUGCAGGUGCUCAGAGACCCCAACGGUAUUUGUCGAGGACAAGGAAGGAUGUGGGGUUGCAUAACUCUGCCGUUGUCUAGAGUGCUGCUUAAAUGCAGGAAGUUCCAGGCCUCUUGUAAACCAAAGCCUCCAUCCCAAGAAAGGACCAGGCUUGACCCCUCAACUUUGGGACCUGAAGGCUGAGAACGGUUUCCUGUCAUAUAUCACACACCCACCUGCCAGGGCACAGAGUGUCAUGCAUAUGGAUGUACCAAGCUUGACUCCAAGAACUUUGGACCUCAUUCUCAAAUAGAGAUGUUCAUCCCCGCCCCCCACCGCAGUUCCCUUAGGGAUUAUUAUGCCUGUGUUAGUCAUGGAAACCCAAGGCACAGAGUGGUCAGGGGAGUGACUCAUAGCAGUUCUGGAACUUCACAGUGUCCUCCUACCUUCCAGGUCAGGGACCCCGCAGCCUGCCCAU